AUGGUAUUCUUGACGGAUGGCGGCGCCGCGAUUCAGUGGGGCACCGACGCACAUAGCAAGGCCAUUCCGCACGUCAGAGAGCAUGGCAUUCAGCAGUUCCUCAACGUUUUCAAGAACAAGAAGGACCUACAUGGCAUGCCGUUUCUCUGGGGCGAGGAGGUGGAACACCAGCUGAUCCAGAUCCACGAUAACACGGUUACCCUCAGCACAGAAAGUGAGAUGGUAAUUAACAAGCUGAGAGCGCGUCCUGACAGCUGCGCCGUGUGGAACUUCGAAUAUGGCAGCUUCAUGGUAGAAAGCACGCCAGACCACCCGUACAAUCUGUCAGUGGAGAGCCUCGACUCAGUGCAGGACAACAUCGCGCGACGGUACGACAUGCUCAACAAGGAGGCGCCACCUGGCGUGGUCGGCACCACCUUUGUGACUUUCCCACUCAUGGGCCAGGGUAACUUUGUCCACUGCAGUAGCAAGAGCUCUCCGUACUCUCAGUCGCUUUUUGUUCCCGAUGCGUGCAUCAACCAAACGCAUCCGCGCUUCGCGAACCUGACGGCAAACAUUCGCUUGCGCCGCGGCCAAAAGGUUUGCAUCCUGGUGCCUCUGUACAUGGACACACGUACAAUGGAGAACACGGUGGACCCUCGACUGAACAUUGACCUGACUCCACGCAACAAUGACAUUUUUUACUCCAUGAGAGAAAACGGCAGGAAUACCACCGACGAGCUCUACGCGGAGACGGACGCGUUUGCCGCUCCUCUAGUGCCCAGGAGCUCUAUCGAUCCACGCGAGGACUACCCGGCCACCGAGACGCUGAGGCAACUCUUCACCCCUGCCACACUCCGCUACUACGCACAGUACUUCACGGAAGAGCACCGCGAGCAUAUGCAGGAACUCUACAACGCGUGUCCCUGCCCUGUACCCUUGGUGAGCCACCCGUGCAUCUACAUGGACUGCAUGGCCUUUGGCAUGGGUAGCAGCGCUCUGCAAGUGACGAUGCAGCUGGACAACAUUCACGAGGCGCGCCACGUGUAUGACCAGCUCGCCAUCUUGUGCCCGGCAUUUCUGGCUCUCAGCUCAGCCACGCCGUUUCAGAAGGGUCUUCUUUGCGACACCGAUGUGCGCUGGCUGACUAUCGCCGGCGCUGUGGACGACCGCCGCGCCGAGGAGGUGCCGCGUAUUCUCAAGUCGCGCUACGACUCCAUCUCCGUCUUCAUCAGUGACAGAACCGAAAACCUCGAGGAGUUCAACGAUUCACACAUAGAGGUGAACCGCUCGUACUGUGAACUUCUGAAGGACUCCGGUGUGGACGUGCGGUUGGCGAACCACAUUGCACAUCUGUUUAUUCGCGAUCCCCUUGUGAUGUACGACAAGAUGAUCGACAUCGAUGACACGACGCACACGGAGCACUUUGAUAACAUCCAGUCCACUAAUUGGCAGACAAUGCGCUUCAAGCCUCCGCCGAUAGGCAGCGACAUUGGCUGGCGCGUUGAGUUUCGAGUGAUGGAUAUUCAGCCAACACCAUUCGAGAACGCCGCCUUCGCUGUCUUCAUUCCGCUUCUCACCAAGGCCAUCGUCAACUACAAGCCCUGCUUUUACACCAAAAUCUCCAUCGUCGAGGAGAAUAUGAGUCGCGCACAUCGCAUCAACCCCUGUGGAGAACAAUACGUUAUGCGUAAGGACAUUUUUGCCAACAAGUGCACCGCCAGCGACGAGGAGACAGCGAGGAUGAGCAUUGACGAGAUCUUCAACGGCAAGGAGGACGGCUUCUAUGGACUCAUCCCCCUCGUGUGCCGCUAUCUCGACAGCGAGGGAAAGCGAAGUCCCCUCAUAAACUCCUACUUGAAGCUCCUGUCAAUGCGCGCCUCUGGCAGCAUUCCCACACCUGCGCAGUACAUGCGCAGGUUUGUCACAACGCACCCCGACUACAAGCACGACUCACGCCUCACCGACAGUAUCGCACGUGACCUUGUCCAGCACAUGCACAGCCUGGCCUCGAAUCAGAUCCACGACGAUGACUAUCUUCCGAUGAGCAUCUUCAGGGUCGAUUCAGUAGAAAGCACCAAGUGA